AUGCCUCCUCGUUUUCGCAUCUGUCCCAUUUGCCAGCAGGGCUUUGGCACGGCCUCUCUCCCGAUCCACAUCCCGCAGUGCUACGAAAAGGCAAUGAAGCGGUGGCGUCUCAAUCCUGUUGGGCCGAUGCCAAGCAUGCCCUGCCUAACAACCGCGCCGCCCAGGGGUGGAAAAAGUAGUAUCGGGGGCGCAGCGUGUGGCACCGGUGUGACCGGCGCGAGGUCAUUGCGGAGGAAUGAGGCUUUUGCAUCUGUCCCAGAAUAUUCUGAAGAGAAUGUGAACUUGCAUCCGUGUUCCCGCUGCGGAAGAAAGUUUUUAUUUGAUCGUAUUGCCUACCAUGAGAGUGUAUGCAGGGGCAACAGAAAACGUAAGGUGUUUGAUAGCCGCAAACAACGCGCCCUUGUUGAGGACGAUGGGGACUUUGGCAGUGGAGCUGGAUAUUCAUACGGAAGCAAAGGUAAACGCGGAAAAUCAAAGCCAAGCGGUUUUCCGGCGGCGGCUGGUGUUCCGAAGACACACUGGCGUGAGCAGCACCGUGAAUUUAUUGAAGCUAUACGCGCUGCACGUAGUUCAACGAGAGGUAGCCGAGCCAUGUGGGGGGAGCCUGCCGUAACAGCGCCACGUGCCCCUGUAGGCAACCGCCAACGUGCACCACCCGCCGUCUUGCGGCACCAGAAGGGAAUGCAGAUGCGUCAGCAACGGUCACCGCAAACUGUCGAGCCCUUUGCUUCUAGGCAGCAGCUCUCUGAUCGAAGAGCACCACCCAGACGAAAAUAUGGAAGUGCCUUUGGCGGCGGAGGAGAGCGUUUCGCGGGCGGUGGUGGCCUGGGUGGAGGCGGCCCCGUACGAAUACUCAACGACAAUACAACUAGUUUGGGAAUGCUCCAGGCGUUUGGUCGAGCUUAG